GCUUCCUUUUGCGUUUCCUUUUCCUAUUAUAAUUUGUUUUACAGACAUUCAGAAGGGAUAUGCAAUGUUUUUUUUAUGAAGAUGGACAAGGGCAUGUUGUUGAUGAAAACAGAGUUGAGCCCAUGGAUCUUGUUGUUGACGAGGAGUUAUUCGCUAUCGAAACAAUAAGUUCUCGUACUCAAUUCCUAGCGAAUAAACCUCCUGAGAGACCUCAUAAUCCUGUAAUGCGUGCCGUUGCGGAUGAGAGGAGCAGUGAGAAUGUUUAUAUGGAGCAAUGCAACAAACCCUGCUAUACAGUUUAUUCUGAUGAAGAUAAAACUCGAUUUUUUCAUUUAUUUUUUAGCAAAUGCUUGAAUGCUUCUGCUGCUGCUGCUGCUGCAAGACAAUUGGGUAUCCAUGGCCCUGAAAGCAUCUUCGAGAAGAAGAAAAAGUCAGGUCGGCGUCGUAUUCUCGGUGAGGAGCAUAAGCAAUUUGUUUUGAAUUAUAUUGAUGAGAAUCCUUCUGCUGUUGUAACUGAAGUGGCAGAAAGUUUAACACAAAAUUUUGCGGAUCUUAAUGCUUCUCGUAGCACUAUUUAUAACUUUAUGACAACUGAGUGCAAUCUAUCUAUUAAGCAGGCACAAUUCCAGCCUGUAGAAAGAAACAGCAAAGAAAAGAUUCAACAAAGUGCGUCUUUCUUGAUGGCAACUGCAAUGGAUCUAUAG